AUGCGCUCUGAGGCAGCGCCGCAGCCGGGCGGCCUGGAGAGAUUCGUCAGUCCCGGCAAGGGUCGGGGGCUAAGGGCGCGACGGCGCUAUGCCGUGGGGGAGCUGCUCUUCAGCUGCCCGGCCUACGCCGCCGUGCUGACCGUCAGCGAGCGCGGCAGCCACUGCGAUGGCUGCUUCGCCAGGAAAGAAGACUUGUCCAAGUGUGGAAGAUGUAAGCAGGCCUUUUACUGCAAUGUGGAAUGUCAGAAGGAAGACUGGCCAAUGCACAAGCUAGAGUGCUCUGCCAUGUGCGCUUUUGGGCAGAGCUGGAAUCCCUCAGAAACUGUGAGGCUAACAGCAAGGAUCCUUGCUAAACAGAAAACUAACCCUGAAAGAACACAAUCAGAGAAGCUGCUUGCUGUAAAAGAGUUUGAAUCACACCUUGACAAACUAGACAAUGAAAAGAGAGAGCUGAUUCAGAACGACAUUGCUGCUCUUCAUCAUUUUUACUCAAAGCACUUGGAGUACCCUGACAAUGCUGCCCUUGUAGUUCUCUUUGCACAAGUUAACUGUAAUGGCUUCACAAUUGAAGAUGAAGAGCUCUCUCACUUGGGAUCAGCCAUAUUUCCUGAUGUUGCAUUGAUGAACCAUAGCUGUUGCCCAAAUGUGAUUGUAACUUACAAGGGGACAUUGGCUGAGGUCAGAGCUGUUAAAGAGAUUGAGCCUGGAGAAGAGGUUUUUACCAGCUAUAUUGACCUGUUGUAUCCCUCUGAAGACAGAAAUGAACGGUUAAGAGACUCAUACUUCUUUAGCUGUGAUUGCAGAGAGUGCAUCACGAAAGAUAAGGAUAAAGAGAAACUGGAAAUCCGCAAGCUGAAUGUCCCCCCAUCAGCAGAGACAGUUUGGGACAUGAUCAAAUAUGCCAGAAAUGUCAUUGAGGAAUUCAGGCGAGCCAAGCACUACAAAUCUCCUAGUGAAUUAUUGGAGAUCUGUGAACUCAGCCUGGAGAAGAUGGGUGCAUUGUUUGAAGACAGUAAUGUUUAUAUGUUACAUAUGAUGUACCAGGCCAUGGGUGUCUGUCUCUAUGUGCAGGACUGGGAAGGUGCACUGCGUUAUGGGCAAAAAAUUAUCAGACCAUACAGUAAACAUUAUCCCUCCUACUCACUGAAUGUUGCCUCCAUGUGGCUGAAGUUAGGGAGACUGUAUAUGACGCUGGAGAACAGAACUGCUGGAGUUAAAGCCCUGAAGAGGGCAAUUGCUAUCAUGGAAGUAGCACACGGGAAAGAUCAUCCAUACAUUUCAGAGAUCAAAAAGGAAUUAGAGGACCACUGA